CUACUUCCUUGUUCACUUCACAGAAAUGACGGAAAGAAAAUGUUGGGAAGUUUUCGUACUGAUUCUUAAUUUCUACGUUACUAAUGCAGACAUGACUGCAACCGUGGGUGGCACAGUGAAUUUGACUUGUAAUAUAGGAGGGAGUGUAUUUGGAUGGCAAAAGCACAAUGGUGAUAAAUGGGUACCUCUUGAAAACUAUGGAAAAUAUGGAGGCUUACAAAAACCUAUUCUAACCAUUAAUAACGUUGAUACAGAUGAUGUCGGAGUUUAUCGUUGUUUUUCAUUUGAUGAACAGAAUAAAUUCCAGGAUUAUGGUUUCAAUGUAACAGUAACCUUUCCAGUUCAUGGACAUUUUGGAGAAUGGAAAGAGUGGAACGCUUGUUCAGUAUCGUGUGGUGAUGGCCAACGGUUUAGACACAGGAUUUGCAAUAAUCCUCCUCUAUCCUCUACCUCAAAAUGUAGGGGUGACACUCAGGAGGCCGAGAAUUGUUCUAAAAAAGAAUGUCCAGAUCAAGAGAAGAAUAGUGAUGGUUUAGUUCCAAUUGUUGGUGGUGGAAUAGGAGCAAUUGUUGUUUUUGUUGCUGUAUUCAUCAUUUGUAUUGUGCUCCGACGAAGACGAAAUUCACAUCAGAAAGACACAGAAGGAAGGAAAGUGAACACAAAACUUAUAAUGGCUGAGCAGACCGUUCAGUAUAGACCAGAUAUGGGUAGGGAUGAAGCUUCAACUUCAAUUAUGAUGACAUCGAAUCCACCAGCAGAUGGAGAGCGUAACGACAAGAACAUGGACCAUGGCAGUAUAAAAGUCAAUGAGCUGAAGGAUUAUAUUUACAAAAGACAACUGAAUGAAGUGUUAGAAGAUGAAUAUAAGAAAAUACCAUAUGGAGAUCUACACCCAACUACAAAGGCUCACCAAAAAGAAAAUCUUCAAAAGAACAGAUUUAAAACAACAUUUCCAUACGACCAUACACGGGUUGUGUUGGAACCAGGUCAUGAAACGUCUUCAGAUUAUAUAAAUGCUAACUAUGUAGAUGGUUUCGAAAAGGAAAGAUGUUAUAUAGCAUCUCAAGGACCCUUAAAGGAUACUAUAAGUGACCACUGGAAAAUGAUUUGGCAAAAUAAUACAAGAAAGAUAAUAAUGUUGACAAAUCUGGUAGAAUGCACAAAUAGGAAAUGUGAAAGAUACUGGCCAGAUGGAGGAAAGCCGAUCACUUAUGGUAAUCUUGUUCUCACCCUACUAACAGAAAAGGAACGAGCUGCAUAUAUCACGAGGGAGAUAAAAGUUGAAGACGAAACGACAAAAGAGAAUAGAUGUAUCAUACAGUACCAUUUCACAGCCUGGCCUGAUCAUGGAACACCAGAUCCUUUGUACCUUGUAUUGUUUCACAAACAUGUCAUAGCUGAUCAUUCACCUACUCAACAUAAUGGACCGCUUCUUGUUCAUUGCAGUGCUGGUAUAGGCAGAACUGGAACAUAUAUCGGACUCGAUGCUUUAUAUAAAGAAGGAAGUAGUACUGGGUUUGUAGAUGUCGUUAAAUUUGUUAAGAAAAUGAGGUACAGCAGGAUGAACAUGGUGCAAACAGCUGAGCAAUAUGUUUGCCUUCAUUUUGCCUUACUUGAGGCUUUCACAAUGGAGGACACAAACGUUGGAAAGAAAGAAUUUGAAACUAUAUGGCAGGAAAUUUUAGUAGACGAACGUCCUAUUAACAGACGACGACUUUAUGAAGAGUUUAAGAUGCUUGACGCUAAGAAAUCUGAUCAAGAUAAAACUCAAUAUGUUGCUGCUACAAGCCUAGAAAAUGUAAAAAAGAACAGAAAUAAGAGUAUUAUUCCUACGGACAAAAACAGACUGUUUCUUAGUUCAUACGACAAAGGGCGGACUGAUUAUAUCAACGCUGUACAAGCUCCAUCAUAUACAAAGUUCGUUGGAUAUUUGACAACACAGCUACCACUACCUGACACCAAGGUUGACUUUUGGACUAUGGUUGGAGAUCACAAUUCGUCUACAAUUGUCGUGUUUCUAAACGACUUAGCUGAGGCUGACUUAGUCUACUCAACUUCAAAAGACUCCUUCACAUGUGGGAAAUUCAGCUUGAAAAUAACAAGCAGAAAAAAAGAAGAUCUGGGUGUUACAAGUUGUAAGGUCAUUCUUUCCAAGAAGGAUUACCAAUCGAGAGAAAUAGCCCUGUAUCUUGCAGUGUCCAAGGGACUACCGGAUCCACAGGUUCUGUGCGAAAUUGUUAAUCGAAUAUCUACUCGUAUAAGCAUGUCAAAUGAUCCAGUGUCCGUUGUGAGCGGUGAUGGAGCUAAAAACUGUGGGGUUUUCUGCACGUUCGCAAACGCUGUUUCCAGUAUGACCAUAGAUAAUAAUGCAAACAUAUUUCAACUUGCCAGACUGUUGCAGUUGAGGAGACCAGAGUUCUUUUCUGAUUUUGAGGAAUACCGUCUGUGUUAUGAAGCUCUGUACCUGUAUCUGGAGUCCUCAAAUGUAUACGCAAAUUUCUGAUUUAUUUACAAAUCAUUUCACACAGAUGAAAAUAAGCAUCUUGAUACAAUUAAGAAUGGCUCUUUUGUAAAAUUGUAUACAUUUUGCUUAAAAAACAUUUUUAGUUUUUUUUUCAUUUUGUUUAAGUACAUUUUUAAUUUAUCUAUCGGACUUUGUACUCUGCUUAUUGUUGUCAUUACUGCAUUUAUUCAUUCAUGUUUAUACUGAUCCGUUAACCAACUAUCAACAAACUUAUGAACUUUUGUGACCCCAUCCUUAUUUUUCUUGUGUCUGUCCCGGGAAAGGAGCUGUUAAUUCUGUUGUUGUCGCUGGUUAUCUACUGCCCUCGUUUAAUGUUUCAAUUUCUUCACUGUCUGUUAUCUCGGGCAUUUUAUAUAUUAAUCUAAGGUGUUUUUUUCUAUCUUUUUUGAAGGUCGUACGAUGACCUGUAGUUGGUAACAUCCUGGACCUUUUUGUUUUGUGAAUAGUUGUCUCAUUGGCAAUCAUACCACAAUUCAGGGUAUUUAUAUGCUAACUGCAUUGGAAAUCUAAAACCCUUGAAUUACAUUUAGUGAAUAGUCUGGUAUUUUUGUCUUUUACUCCAUUUCAAUUCUUAAAGAUAACUUGGCACAAAGAGUCAUGUAAGUUGUGAACACAUUUUUAUGGUUAUAAACACGAAUAUCUUCAGUUGUUGUCAUAAACUUUUUACAUUUCAGUUAUGAGUUAGAAUUGUUGUUAGUAUCUGGUAAUUCAUUUCUGGCUGUUAACCACAAAUUCAAACAACCUAGGGUUUUUCGUACAGUGUAUGCCUUGCCAAAUAAACAUGGUCUUAUGAUAACCUUUUAAGUGCAUACGAUACAGUUUUGAUCCCAAGGUGGUUUUUUUUACGAAAAUUUGCAUACACGCUAUUUUUCACCUAGUCAAUGCAAAUAUGUAAUAAAAAAUAUACCUUCAUGUGCUACUUUAAGAGAUAAAUGGGGUCGGAAUUUUAGACAUUUACUCAAAAUUUCGUUUUUUGGAACAUUUCUAUCCUUUGGAUAGACAUACUUAACUGUUUUGUUUCAAAAGAUAAACACAAUAGGAUUUUUGUAAAAACAUUUGGAAAAUCUUUUUUACAUAAGUAUGCUCUAAAUUUGUAUAACAAAUCUUUGGAAAUAAUUAAUUUUUAUCAGUUUCAGGAUUUUAGGAAAAAAUGGAAUUUUUUGCUGUAUACUUAUCUUAUUUUAAAAAAUCUCAUCGGUGACUUUUUCAUAAAUAUUGGUACAAAUAAUCCCCAUACGUAAUCAAUCCUAAUGUCAUUUUAAGAAAGAGGGGUCCAUGAACUUGUUUUCAAGUUAUAUCAGUCUGAAUGAUAAAAAACUGUCGAAAAAUGCAUCUUUUUCCGAUAUGUCGCAGUUUACGUCGCGAAAAAUAACAUUUUACGUUGGCAACGUCAUUACCUCCCCUGUAACUGUAUCGUAUGCCCUUAAUAUUCCAAUAAGUUAACUUGUGUUUUUAAGUUGAUAACCAAUUUAUGCUUCAUAUUUAUCUCUCUUUAUUCAACGUUUCUUUCUUUAUACUUGAAAGAUUUUCAAAGGUAACUAGCGUUUACAAUAAAGACAUUAAAGAACAAAAAAGCUUACGUCGUGAAAAACAAGUCUAAUAUCAUUUGGAUAUAUAUACUAAAUGUUUAAAAUCAAUUUAUAAUUUCUUAAGAAGAGUUAUGAUUUUCUUUACGUCCUUUUCACAAAAUUAUUCAAUGCUUGUGGCUUUAUGUAUUUUCUUUAUUAUUUUGUAUUUGUUGAACAUUCAUAUAACAUACAAUGAUCUAUGACAAGGAAUACCAUAUCCCUAAUAAUGUAUUUCCAUUGUUUUUGCUGCAUUUGUUAUUUGUAAUAUAUUGUUACAGUGCUUUUAAUAAAUAUUUUCGUCUUUUCA